AACUGACGUUCCAGUCAGGUUGCACGGUUUAAAUGCAGAUUUUGCUUAAAAUUUGGAUUAAUUUGGGUCCUCUGCUUAAUAUAAACAUUAAAAGUAUAAACAGAUGAAGAAGGACCGUCAGACUAUGAUGGCGGCUCUGUCUGAGAACAUGCUGACAGUCAACGUGUUACUGAGUGUUUUCUUUCUUCCAGGUCUUGUGGCUGGCUGUACAUCACACCUUCACAUUACUACCCCAAAGGAGAUGGAAACACUAAACGGAUCUUGUUUGCAUAUCCCCUGUACAUUUGUAGCAAUCAAUGGGGAUGCUGAUUUUAACAAUGAGACAGAAAUCAGUGGACUUUGGUACAUAACUAAUGAUAAAGAUGAAACAAAUAAAGUGUUUGACAGCAGCAAAUCAGACAACGUCUAUCCAAUGAACAUAACUGGAAUCCUGAAGGAAAAUGACUGCACAACUCUAUUUUCUGAUUUAAAAACCAGCUAUGAAGACACAUAUUAUUUCAGAAUCGUGAACGGACAAUAUAAGGCAACAGCUACUUGUGAACAUGUUCAAAUAAAAGUUAAAGAUUCUGCCUGGGAACCAAACAUGACUAUUUCAGGUGAUCAAACAAACCUGAAGGAGCAUCAGUCUGUCACUGUAACCUGCUCAGCUUUCACUCCCUGUCCACACUCACCUCCUGAACUCACCUGGAAUCUCCAACAAGACUCUCUCAGACAAACAGAGAAAAACACAGAUGGAACCUUUACAACUAAAAUCCAGGAGAACAUCACUCUGUCAGACACACAUGAUGGAUACAACAUCAGAUGUUCUGCCAGAUAUCCUGUGAUUGGAGGAAACAAGACAGCAGAGACAGAAGUGACUCUCAGUGUUUCAUAUGCUCCUAGAAACACCUCAGCAUCCAUCAGUCCAUCAGGUUUGGUGUCAGCAGGUAGCUGGGUGGAGCUGAGCUGCUCCAGCAGAGCCAAACCUCCACCCAGAUUCACCUGGUUCAGGAACAACAAUGAUGGAGACACUAAUGUGUCUGUGUGGCCAGUUUACAGCUUCAAUGCCACUGAGGAAGAAUAUUACUGUGUGGCUACAAAUUAUCUGGGAAAUCAGACAUCAUCAGUGAGACUUAGGAUUAAAGGUAUCGUGAACGGACAUCUUUUCUGGCUGCCAAUUGCACUGGCAAUUGCGCUGUUGGUGCUGAUCUGUCUGGUUCUUUAUGUCAGAUGUUUCAAGUCCAAACAGCCAACUCCUCAACAGACUCAGACUCCAGCUGGUCAGGAGGCUGCGGUACAAACACCGUCUGCUGCUGCUGAAGACCUGCAGUACGGAGAAGUGACUUUCUUCAAGAGGAAACCUGAAGCUUCCUCUACCUCAGAGGAGCACGGCAAAGAGGAAGAGACAGUUUAUGCACAAGUCAGAGUGUCCAAGUCAAGAAAGUGCUCAACGCACACCACAGAUGAUAUCUAUGCUCAAGUGAAGAAAAAGUAACUUUUUUCUUUAAAA